AGGAUGAGUCUUAACUGAGUCUAAAUUAUCCUUUUAAUACUUGUUCACUAAUUUUUACAUAUUGCAUUCUUUUUAUUUUAUUUUUCAACUCCCAAAUGUUGAAGUCAUUUGGAAGGAUCACAAAGUACUUGAAGACACUGGGCAAGUUUAUAGGCCCAGGAUUCAUGAUUGCUGUUGGAUAUUUAGAUCCAGGCAAUUGGGCAACAGAUAUGGAGGGUGGAUCAUCUUUUGGAUAUAGAUUAUUGUUUAUCAUUCUUGUCUCCAACAUCAUUGCUGUAUUCCUUCAGAACUUAACCAUUCGUUUGGGCACAGUAACCGGACUCGAUUUAGCUUCUGCCUCCAGAAAAUUCUUUCCCAAAUGGUUGAAUCUCUUCUUGUAUGUCUUGGCUGAAAUCGCUAUUAUUGCAACAGAUAUUGCUGAAGUUAUUGGGUCAGCCAUUGCUUUAAAUUUGCUAUUUCCUAGUUUACCUUUACCAGCUGGUGUUGCUAUUACAGCAGUGGACGUAUUCAUCAUUUUGUUGUUUUAUAAUGAAGAUGUAGAAGAUGAUGAAAAUUCGACUUCAGGAAGAAUGGUACGCAUUUUUGAGAUAUUUGUCAUGAUGCUAGUUGCUGCUGUAGGCAUAUGCUUUAUCAUCGAAUUGGCCUAUUCAGAUAUCGUUGCUGUGGACGUCUUUAAAGGUUUUCUUCCAACAAGGGAAAUAUUCACGGAGCCUGAAGUGCUGUAUGUGGCCAUUGGUAUUAUUGGUGCUACAGUCAUGCCUCAUAAUCUUUAUUUACACAGUUUUAUUGUUCAGUCUCGAUGCCGUGAAUGGAAGAUAAGCAGGCCCAAAGUGUCCAAGAGAGGAGAACAAUGGAUAGUGAAGAGCAAUCAAUUUGAUCUGCAACCAAAUAAGCCAGUGCAACAAAAUAUGACGCCCUUGGAAAUGAUCAUGUCGCAUACAUCUAUUCCUGUCGAUUCAUCGGGCCAAGUCAACUUUGAAAGUGUCAGAAAGUAUCUUGAUCGCUCUUUGAAAAAGAACCUGCAUUAUGGGUUCAUGGAUUUGCUUGUUGCUCUUACAUUUGCCUUUUUUGUUAAUUGUUCCAUCCUUAUUGUUGCAUCAGCCAAUUUCUACUAUACGUCAGGCGGCCAGGGACAACAACAAAUACAAGACUUAUUUAGUGCACAUGCUCUCCUCUUACAGUAUCUCGGCCCUCCAGCCGCCGUCACUUUUGCACUUGCUCUCUUAUGCGCAGGCCAAUCAAGUACAUUGACAGCAACAUUAGCAGGACAAGUAAUCAUGAGUGGCUUCUUGGGUAUGACAACAAGGCCAUGGAUUCGUCGUAUAGUUACACGACUAAUUGCUAUUACACCCGCAAUGGUCGCAGCAUGUGUUGCUGGUCGUUCAGGAUUAAGUAAUAUGCUGGUAGCCAGUCAGGUAGCACUAAGUAUUCAAUUACCAUUUGCCGUGGUGCCCCUUGUUUAUCUAACAUCAAGAAGGUCGACAAUGAAACUGGACUUGGUGGUCGAAGGCAAAGAGGUUGACUCGAUUCCACUUGUUACCGAACAAGCAAAGAUGUCCCUGAUUGACCGUCUCGUUUCUCGCUUGAGAUUCUCAAGAUCCAAAUCUGACUGGACACGGUUUCCUCAAUUUAGCAAAUUAAAUAAGCGGGCAGUAAAGGACUUUUUUGUUCAAUCAAGUGGCCAAGGAGAAGAAGAAGAAGAACGGCCUUCUUCUGAUAGUUCAAUAGAAGAAAAGCCAAAUAAUCGUUUGACUAUAGAUGCAUUGCCUGAACCACUUGUUUAUGCUAAUGGUAAAGUAACCAAAGUGAUAUCAGUCCUGGUAGCCUUGCUAUUAAUUGGAUUAAAUGGAUAUCUUGUUGUAUCAUUAUUCAUGCAAAUUUAAAUACCUCAUUUCAUCCCCUCUCUUUUUUUCUCAUUUCCUCCCUACUCACUCUGUCCAUACUUAUAUUUAUUAAAUACACAACCUAUCAAAAAUAUCCAAACUUUUUUUAAAAUUCAACUUUGCUUUGCUUUUCGAAGCCAUAUACACUUUUCUACAAGAGCACAGUGUGAUAAUAUAAAAGUAGCAGGACUGAAUUAGUCCUUUUAUUGAUAAAGAGUGGCUCUUACUUAUA